AUGUCAAUAGAUCAACGAUCCAAGUUGACAUUUAAAAAGCUUUGGUCAAGCAAAAUACCGGAUUCUAUAAACUGCUUGACCGUUGGAAAACCGUUCCUUGAAGAAUUAAGUGAAGAGAAUGACAUUCUCAUCGGCACAACAGCUGGUCGUGUGUUGAUACUGAACCAAACAAAACCUUUAGAAGGACUGUUAGAGACCAAAGGUGGCUCUAUUAAAGCUAUUCAGUUGCACGAUCUAACAGGUUUUCGAGCCCUUGAUCUUGCUGUGGGGGAUUGCGAUGGCGUUGUCACCCUUUUUUCUCGACAGCAGAUUUUAAGUAAACGAGAGUUGAGUUCUGCUAUAACAGAUAUAUGUAUUCACACAGACCUGGCGGGUGGGUAUCAGAUCAUUGCAGGAGAUAUAACAGGUUCAGUUACUAGUUUUCAACAGCAUGAUGCAUUGUGGAAAAUUAAUAUAGCAGAAGAAUCAGCCAAGCUGGUGACACUUGGUUUGAGAGGGCGGCGCUCACCUGCCAUUCGAUGUUUACUAUCUACUAUACUAAAAGAUCGCUUUGGAAUGGAUAUGUCGUGCUUACUUGUGUGUGAUGGAUGGCCUUUUGUACACUUUAUUCAAAAUGGCGAGAGAAUUCUUACGCUCCAAACAUCUACGGUGAUACAUUCUAUGUGUUCUGGAAAUUUUCUGACUACCGAAGGGUAUGAGAAACUUGUUGAAAAACAAAACAAACGAAGAGCAACCGUCGAAUCUCCAGAAAAAAAGCUAACAUCGCAGCAAGUACUCAUGGCGGGAGCGGAUGGCUAUGUCUAUAUUAUGAUUGAUUUUGAGAUAUACCAAUGGUUUAAAGUAGGGUUUUGUUUAACGAAAAUUUUGAAAUUUAGACCUUCCUCGUUUAAAGAGGAAGAAACAGACAUCAUCCUAUGCGUGGGGCAUUCCAAUCAGUUGUUAGGCUAUAGAAACGGUGAGCUAAUAUGCCAAAUUGUUACUUCAGACUGGCCACAUGCUAUCACACUUGGUGACGUAAAUGCGGAUGGCAGCGAUGAAUUAGUAAUAGGAACUUUGGAUCAAAUGAUAGAAGUGUUUGAAUGGGAAGCUAAAGAUAUACCGGACGCCUUUUAA